CCCGCCGCGUGCACAGCCAUGGUGGGCCGGCUGAGCCUGCAGGAUGUGCCCGAACUCGUGGACACGAAGAAGAAGGGCGACGGCGUCCUGGACAGCCCGGACUCGGGGCUGCCCCCCAGUCCCAGCCCCAGCCACUGGGGGCUCGCGGCGACCGGGAGCGGCGGCGGCGGCGGGGAGCGCGCGCCGGCCCCCGGGACCCUGGAACCCGACGUGGCGGCGACCCCCGCGGCCCCGAAUCCAGUGCUCCUGGCAGCCCCUGCCCCCAGCUGCUCUCCAAGGCUGUGUCCCCUGUCCUUUGGUGAAGGAGUAGAGUUUGACCCCCUACCACCGACGGAAAUAAGGUACACCUCCUCAGUCAAGUAUGAUUCUGAGCGGCGCUUCAUCGAUGACGUCCACCUGCCCGUGGGCCUGGCCGUGGCCUCGUGUAGCCAGACGGUCACCUGCAUCCCCAACUGCACAUGGCGCAACUACCGCGCCGAGGUGCGCUUCGAGCCCCGCCACAAACCCACGCGCUUCCUCAGCACCACCAUCGUGUACCCCAAGUACCCCAAGACCGUCUACACCACCACGCUGGAUUACAACUGCCGCAAGACGCUCAGGAGGUUCCUGUCCAGCGUGGAGCUGGAGGCCGCCGAGUUCCUGGGCAGCGAAGACCUCGCUGAUGAAUGCUGACCCGGUCACCUAGGGAAGCAUCGUACACACGGCGGCUUGGAAUGAGGGAGAGAAUUGGUGUAGUUUUUCUAAAAAAAAAAAAAAUUCUGAAAUGAGAUUUUGAAAAGAGUGCAUGUCCCCCUGCUGCUGCAGGCUCCCCAGGGGACUGGAACCAAAGGUGACAGCCUAGAUCUGAAGUGGGGAGGGGGCUGCACUCCUCGCAUCAGGCUGCCGGGGCCCAGGAGGACCGUGGAAAAGGACGUCAGGAGGGGGAAAGUUGAGUUCCAGAAACUGCGUUCCCGGGGGUCCUCACUGCUGGGAGAGCCGCGGCGCCCAUAUGGGUUCAAUCUAUGGCGAGCCGAGCGCCCUGCCAUUUUUCAUUUCCAUUUGUGUUUCCUGUUACCAAACUCUUGGAAUUUUCUAAAUCUUGUUUCAUGAUACUGUAAAACCCCCAAACCGCAAUAGGAGAUGCCUUUUCAGAAGGCGAGAGAGGGGGGCAAGGCGGGGGGCAUUUUCCCGAAUUUGUGCCUCUCUAGGAGGGUCAUGCCCCCCCCACCCCGGAAGCUGUGCUUGGGUGCCUGAAGCCUUUGGUGGGUGGGUUCUGGGCACCAACCCUGGCCAGGCGCCUCGACCCCUUGGCGUCUGGUCACGUUUUCGUAAGCUUAUGUAACCCUCUGAUAUGUAUUUUGGGGUUUCCAAAUACUUUCCUGUUCUUUUCAUAAUGCAAACCAUAGUGAGGGAAGUCAGUGCUUUGGAAAAACAUUUUUCAGAGACUCCAUGAAGGGGGGACCCUGGGCAAUCCCUAGG